CCGGAUGUUGCUCCGACGCCAUAUUUGCCGUGGGACCGUGCUGCUUGUUGCUACUCCGUCGCCAGAAACCACCAAGUGGCCCCGACAAGUCCUCCCUUUUUGUCUCUCUCUCUCUCUUCCCCCCCUCCGGGACUUUUCCUUUUUUCGAAGAGCACCCCCUUCCCCUCCACCACCGCAUAGCCGAGCACCAUGGCGGACAGAGUGGACGCAGUUUACCAAGCGAAGCUUGCCGAGCAAGCGGAGCGAUACGAUGAAAUGGUGGAGUCGAUGAAGCAAGUGGCGAGCUUGGACACGGAGCUGACGGUUGAGGAGCGGAACCUCCUGUCGGUGGCCUACAAGAACGUGAUCGGCGCGCGGAGAGCCUCGUGGCGGAUAAUCAGCAGCCUCGAGCAGAAGGAGGAGAGCAAAGCCAGCGAGGAGAAGCUGAAUAUGUACAGGGACUACCGCAAGCUGGUUGAGAAAGAGCUCAAGUCAAUCUGCAAAGACAUCCUGGAAGUUCUGGACCAGCAUCUCAUCCCGGCGUCCACCUCAGGAGAGUCCAAGGUUUUCUAUUACAAAAUGAAGGGAGACUACCACAGGUACCUGGCGGAGUUCGCCAGUGGCAACGACAGGAAGGAGGCGGCCGAGAACAGCCUGGUGGCCUACAAAGCCGCCAGUGACAUCGCCCUCAACGAGCUGGCGCCCACGCACCCCAUCCGCCUCGGACUGGCCCUCAACUUCUCCGUUUUCUACUACGAAAUCCUCAACUCGCCGGACCGCGCCUGCAGGUUGGCAAAGGAGGCGUUUGACAGCGCCAUCGCCGAACUGGACACUCUGAGCGAGGAGAGCUACAAGGACUCCACGCUCAUCAUGCAGCUGCUACGUGACAACUUGACACUUUGGACCUCAGACUUGCAGGGAGAUGGUGACGAACAGAACACAGAAGCACCGCCAGAAGCGGAGGAAGAGGCCCAGUGAGACCCCAAACGCGAUGCCACGAGCCCACAAGCCCCCUUCUCCAUCCGGCGACUCUUCCUCGUCCAUUUCUCCUUUUCACUCCCACCGACCUCAUCAGAACCCCCACUCUGGGUUUAAUCCUUCAGGGUUUGGGAGCUAUCCUUAUUUGAUCCAUUUUUUCCCCCUGAUGUCUCGUUUGCAAGAUUAUGCCCUUUAAGGUCCACGUCCUUUUAGUUUUAUGCUUCAUGUUGUUGCCAAGUAUGCUUGCCUGUCUUUGUAACACACACACACGCACACUUACACACGCACACUUACACAGACACACUUACACACAGACACACUUACACACAGACACACGCAUGCAAAGAGUUUAUUUAAAAGAUGAGUGCGUGUGUGUGCUGUUACCGAGCGCUUCGUUUAGCAAAGAGACGCAACAAAAGGGAAGCGCAGAACAACUCAAGUGCCCUCUAUAGAACCACCUCCAACAGGAGUUUUCUUUUUAACCCCCCCAUUGAGUUUCUAAUCAUGACAAACUCUCGCUCUUGACUGCUUAGACCAACCGUCGCGCUCAAGGCAAAGUUCUGUAGUUGCGCUAACUAGGCGAUGAUGUCUUUGUGUAGUGUCGGCGACCCAACCAACACUUUUGAUUGUAUUGGAAAACAGUUUUGCAUGGGCACAGGGACAAAAAAAAAAGUUUGGGAAAUGGAGGCCUGCUGUAUCUUAAAUCCCCAGAACGACUUUUUUAGGUUGCCUCGUCUUUUUUCUUUUUCUUUCUUUUGCUUUGUUAUUAUUUACCACCUUCUCUUCCUCCCUGUCGGUGUGUGUGUUACGUGAAUCUGAUUUGUACUACUGGAUAUUGUCACCGGAGCCACAAGUACCAUCUGUAUUCUUACUGAAAACACAGCAUGGAAUUAACAUUAAACUUCAAACUGAAAGAAU